AUGGCCAGUAACGUCACGGGAACCUCUGCGUUCCCUCCCCGGAAGUGGUACAGAAAGGUGCCAUUCGUGUCGACAACACCAAUUGAGAGAAGAUUGACCGAACCUGUUUCGAAAUCAUCAUCAAAGUCAACACCGAGAGAUGUGGAAGACGGAGCUAGGGAUGGGGCCGAGACUGGGGCCGGAAGAAACCCAAAGGCGAAGCUGCCAGAAUCGACAGCGAACUGGUUCUCGAUCUUGUUGUUUCAAUGGCUGAGUCCGGUCCUGAGGAUAGGCUACACCCGGCCUCUGCAGACCGACGAUCUGUAUGAUAUGCCCGACCACAGGCAGGCUGAGGACCAUGCGGACAAACUAGAGCGCUGUUGGGCGGCGAGGUUGGAGAAGAACAGGAGCAAACCAGCUGAAUCUGGGCCAUGGACGCCGUUCUGGAUGCGGCGCAGGAGCGACACCACAGUCCUGACCAUGGCCCUCAAUGACGUCUGCUUCCGCUGGUUUUGGCUCGGCGGUAUGUUCAAGCUGGCUGGAGACCUGACCCAGAUGAUAUCACCACUUCUCAUCCGCUUCACCAUCUCCUACCUCUCCGACUCGUCCCUGCACGCCACGCGAGCAGGCUUCGGCCUUGUCGUCGGGCUCUUCCUCGUUCUCGUCUUCUCCGUCACUGCCAAUGUUCACGGCUUCUACCGCUCGUACACAACGGGCGUUUUGCUCAGAGGUGCACUCAUGCACACCAUCUACCGACGGGCGACGUCGGACCAGCUCACAGAGAGGGCCAAGCUCCGCAACGGCUACACUGGCGUGGGUAAGCUGAUGAGCCUGAUGAGCGCCGACGUGACGCGCGUGGACUUUGUGUGUGGCUACUUCCACUCUGCCUGGACUAGCAUCCUCCAAAUGUUGCUGUGUCUUGCGCUGACCAUCUGGACCAUGGGCUACAGUGCGUUGCCCGGGUUCGGCCUGCUGGCUCUGCUGUACCCCUUGCAGACUUUCAUGGUGGGCAAGCUGCUCAAACUCCGCAGGGGCAGCAUGCCAUUCACGGAUGCCAGGGUCAAGGCAGUCGUGGAGGCCGUUUCGGCGAUCCGGCUCGUCAAGACCAACGCCUACGAAAAGAGCCUGCUGGCCAAAAUCGGGCAUUUGAGAGGCGACGAGGUCGUGUACAUCCGCAAGCGAAUGCUGCUCAGAGCGCUCAACACGGCUGUAUCAUACACGGCGCCCACCAUUGCCGCGGUGUUGGCUAUAGUCUGCUACGGAGCCACGCAAGGUGGGCUCAAAGCGGAUGUCAUCUUCUCCUCCCUCACCUUCUUCAUGCUGUUGAGGACGCCACUGCAAGCUCUCCCUACUUCGCUGUCAGCUAUUGCCGAUGCGCGAGCGGCGCUGGAGCGAUUGACUGCGUUCAUGAUCGCGUCAGAUGCGGGUGCUCCGAUUCCUCCGAAGUUCGUUGGAGGAAGCACAAGCGAACAACUUGAUGGAGACAAGCCAGUCCAGACUGUGGUGGUGGUCGAGGAUGCCACCUUUGCUUAUCAUGACGACGAGACUCUGUUGGAUGACAGCAGUGAGACCUCGACCCAGAACACCACAGCGACAGCUAUGGAGAAAAUUCAGGAUGAAAAACAACAAGAUGGAUCUCAAAGUCAGGUGAUGACAACACCUAUCGAAAGUCAAUCUCACCAGUCCCAGAGACUACACAUUGAAUCACUCAUCGUCGAGAGGGACCAGCUAGUCUGUGUCGUCGGACCCGUUGCAUCAGGCAAGUCGUCGAUAUUCCGCGCCCUCAUGGGAGACAUGCAACCCGUUCAAGCGCGAAACUGUCAGGUCAACACGCCCUCUCUCGCCUACGCGCCGCAGACUGCCUGGCUGCUCAGCGAGACAGUCAGGGAAAACAUAGUCUUUGGACGGCCUUUUGACCAAGCGUGGUACCAGCAGGUGCUGACCCGGUGCUGUUUACACCGGGACCUGGAGAGGCUGCCCGAGGGAGACAUGACAGUGGUGGGCGAGAUGGGCGUAUCGCUUUCGGGAGGUCAGAAGCAGCGUAUCAGUCUUGCCAGGGCCAUCUACGGAAGGAGCCCACUGCUGUUCCUAGACGAUUGCUUCUCGGCCCUUGAUGCCGACGUCGGCAAGCAGGUAUUUGAGAUGGUGGUCAAUCAGGCGCGCCGCAACAAGGAGGCGACCGUGGUGCUUGUGACACACUCAAUGGUUCUCGCUUCGCAGGCGGACCGCGUCGUGUAUAUGGAAAAGGGCCGAAUAGUGGAACAGGGCGAGUACGCGGUUCUGUCUCGACGUGAUGGGCCCUUUUCUCGUUUUGUAGGCACUUCGAUGGAUUCAUGGUCAGCCGCACAAGAAGAGGAAGCAUAUGAGGAGCGGCAAGCAGGAGAGACGAACCAGGCGUCUCAGUCUCCAGAGUCGACUCCAGGUGAGAAAGAAUUGAAAAAUAACGAUAACAAAGAGAAGAAGCCAGAAGCAUCAGGACGAGGGAAGGAGAUCAUGCAGAAGGAGGAACGUCUGGUCGGUUCCGUUAGCGGCAAGACAUACCUCCGCUACGUUAUGAUGGGCAACGCAUACGUGACAGUGCCGCUAUUCGUGACCUCCAUCAUCAUCUACCAGGGCACGAGCAUUGUCUCGCCGCUGUGGCUGACGUGGUGGGAGGAGAGCAAGUACUCGUCCAUCACCGAGUCUGAGUACAUGGGCGGCUAUGCAGCAUUCGGCGUGGGCCAAUCGCUGGGACUUUUCUGCAUGAGCGCUAGCUUUGCCCUCUUUUGCUUCUACUGCUCCAACCGGCUUCACCACGCUUCAAUCGCGCGAGUUCUGCAUGCUCCCGUGGCUUUCUUCGAUACGACGCCGCAGGGCCGAAUCACGCACCGCUUCAGCAAGGAUGUCGACGCUGUGGACAACGUUGUCGGCGAGACGCUGCGUCUUUUCAUCUCGACGUCUGUUCAGGCCAUAGGCACCAUCAUCCUCGUCACAAUCAUCCUACCACCCUUCAUUGCCAUCGCAGCCGUGUUACUGCUCGCUUACACCUGGACCGGCAUGUACUACCGUCCUUCGGCGCGCGAGCUACGCCGCCUUAACAAUCUGCUGCGCAGCCGAAUCUACGAGCAUUUUGGCGAGUCUCUGUCCGGCUUGGCCACACUGAAGGCUUUUGGCGCCGUCUCGCGCUUCGUCCAGGACAACGCUCGCCGCAUCGACACAGAGAACACAGCCUACUGGCUGUCAGUGGCCUGCCAGCGCUGGCUAAACCUACGUCUGGACUUGUGCGGCGCUGUUCUCGUUUUCAUCACGGGUCUGCUCGUCGUUGGACUGCGCGGCACCAUCAGCGCAUCUGCCGGCGGCGUGGUGCUGUCGUAUGUGGUUACGGCCCAGUCCGUCUUCGGCAACAUGAUUCGCCAGAGCGCCGAGAUCGAAAACAACAUGAACUCGGUCGAGAGAAUGCUGCAUUAUGCGUACAACAUCGAGCAGGAGCCUCCCUACGAGGCUGAGGGCGUCGAUAAAGAACUCAAGGCUAAGGGAUGGCCGCAUGCUGGCCGCGUCGAGUUUAGGGAGCUUACUCUUAGUCAUCGUCCUGGCCUGCCGCCGGCACUGAGGAACGUCACUUUGGAUAUCAAGCCUGGCGAGAAGGUUGGCAUUGUCGGGCGUACUGGUGCCGGGAAGACUACUUUGAUAUCGGCCUUAUUGAGGAACACGGAACCCACGAGCGGCAAAAUUGUCAUCGAUGGAGUUGAUAUCCACACGAUUGGUCUGAGUUUGCUCCGGUCAAGCCUGUCAGUCAUCAGCCAGGAUGCCGUUCUAUUAGCCGGCACGAUCAGAUAUAACCUGGAUCCAUUCCAACAAUAUGACGACGCCUGGCUACAUAAAUGUCUGAGCCGGGUCAAGCUCGCAGACUCGGAUCAACCGGCCAAUACAGAAGAGAUCGCCAAUACAAGUGAAGAUAGCACCAUCCUGCCUGACACUGGCAAUAACUCGGAGCUGGAAAAGCAGGAGACUGAGCACUCGCGACGCGGGACGGGGGGUCUCAGCCUGGAUUUCGAGGUCAAAGAGGGCGGAGCCAAUAUCUCGCAGGGCCAGCGGUCGCUGAUAUCAAUCGCGCGUGCGCUGGUGCGGAGCUCCAAGAUUGUCAUUAUGGACGAAGCGACGGCAUCUAUAGACGGUCGUGCGGACGCACAACUACAAGAGAUGCUGAACGAGGUCCUCGGUGACGCUACGGUGCUGACUGUGGCUCACCGCCUGGACACCAUCGUUGCCACCUGCGACCGGGUGGUUGUGAUGGAGAGCGGUCAGGUGGCCGAGUUCGAUGGAAUACCGGAGCUCUUUGCCCAGAAGGAUAGCAUCUUCAGGUCACUUUGUGAUGCGUCCAAGAUUACUGUGGGAGGGGCAAGGCGCUGA